UUUACGCACGGACACACUUGUCAUUCUCGGUAUUUUACUUAUCAAUCUUCUAAAGGACGUCAUGCUGCUGCUGAGGACCCUCGCUGCCGGGAUGCUGCUGGCCCUCCUCGGGCACCAGGUCUCUGCGGACAGGCCCGUGCACCCACCCGGACCCAGGGCGCACAGGAGCGGGCAGGACAAGGGGGACGCCACCGGCCGGGGCAAGUUCACCCUGAAGGACAAGACCCCGUGCACGUGGGGGUCCAGAGACUCGGGGCGGGGGGUGAGGCUGUCCGUGAGGUGUGAGAACCCGGCUGGCACCAGCUCCAUGGAGUGUAAAUACAACGGGAAACCUCAGAGCUGCCCGGGCUACACCUCCAACCCCAAGGGCUUCUGGAAGCAGGUGGCCCGCGCGUUCAAGCGGCUGCAGGACAAAGUGUGCAAGGACCAGGGGUCACUGGUGAGGGCAGGCAUGUGCAAGCGUGCCCCCCGGGACGCGCACUUCAAGCUGGACCCCUCCAGUGUGGUGGUGUCUUCUCAGGGAGCAGACCCGAAGACCACCGCCGCACCUCGGACCACCACCAUCUCCACCACCACCACCAUCAUCUCCACUUCCACGUCCAACUCCACCUCCACCGGACCAGACUGCACCAAGCACCGGAAGACGGCUGAGGAGUACUGCAGCAGCUCCUGGGCCAGUGUUUGCUCCUUCCUCUUCUCCAUGGUGCAGACCGACGACUGUUAGUCUCAUUAUACCACGAAAUGUAUAGUGAGUUACUCAAGUACUGAGAGAACCAAGGAACUUGCAGACCCACGUUACCUACGUUACUUUAAACUGCUCAGUUACAUUUCAGUGUCUGACAGCUCAGAUUAAAACCAUCUAAAACAUGUAAUGAGAUUAUUCAAUAUGACACAUUUUAAGAUUAGA